CCUGUAGUGGUGUUAAUGUGUUGUGUGGUGUUACAGAGGGAAUGCAUCUCGGUGCACAUCGGCCAGGCGGGCGUGCAGAUCGGCAACGCCUGCUGGGAGCUGUACUGCCUGGAGCAUGGCAUACAACCUGACGGACAGAUGCCGUCCGACAAGACGAUCGGCGGCGGAGACGACAGCUUCAACACCUUUUUCAGUGAGACGGGGUCCGGCAAGCACGUCCCUCGGGCAGUCUUCGUCGACCUAGAGCCGACCGUAGUUGAUGAGGUGCGGACAGGAACAUAUCGUCAGCUGUUUCACCCCGAGCAGCUGAUCACUGGUAAGGAGGACGCGGCCAACAACUACGCGAGAGGCCACUACACCAUCGGCAAGGAGAUCGUGGACAUCGUCCUGGACCGCAUCCGCAAGUUGUCGGACCAAUGCACGGGCCUACAGGGGUUCCUCGUGUUCCACUCCUUCGGAGGAGGGACUGGCUCUGGCUUCACAUCCCUGCUGAUGGAGCGACUUUCCGUCGACUACGGCAAGAAGAGCAAACUAGAGUUCUCCAUCUACCCGGCCCCUCAGGUUUCCACUGCAGUGGUGGAACCCUACAACUCCAUCCUGACCACUCACACCACCUUGGAACACUCGGACUGCGCCUUCAUGGUAGACAACGAAGCCAUCUACGACAUCUGCAGACGUAACCUGGACAUUGAGCGACCCACCUACACCAACCUCAACCGUCUCAUAGGGCAGAUAGUCUCAUCCAUUACAGCGUCUCUGCGCUUCGACGGCGCUCUCAAUGUUGAUCUCACAGAGUUCCAGACCAACCUGGUCCCCUACCCCCGCAUUCACUUCCCCCUGGCCACCUAUGCACCCGUCAUUUCUGCAGAGAAGGCCUACCACGAACAGAUGACUGUCGCCGAGAUCACUAAUGCCUGCUUCGAGCCUGCCAACCAGAUGGUCAAAUGUGACCCACGUCACGGCAAAUACAUGGCCUGCUGCAUGCUCUACAGGGGUGACGUUGUGCCUAAGGAUGUGAACGCUGCCAUAGCACAGAUCAAGACCAAGAGAUCCAUCCAGUUCGUAGACUGGUGUCCAACAGGUUUCAAGGUAGGUAUCAACUACCAGCCACCCACAGUUGUGCCUGGCGGGGACCUAGCCAAGGUACAGCGAGCCGUCUGUAUGUUGUCCAACACCACCGCUAUAGCCGAGGCCUGGGCUCGCCUGGACCACAAGUUCGACCUGAUGUACGCCAAGCGCGCCUUCGUCCACUGGUACGUCGGCGAGGGGAUGGAGGAGGGAGAGUUCAGUGAAGCCCGCGAGGACUUGGCUGCUCUGGAGAAAGACUACGAGGAGGUCGGCGUGGACUCUACUGAGGGCGAAGUAGAAGAUGGCGACGAAUACUAAACUUCAACGUUCACUUGGAAUAGAAAACUGCAUUAACUAUAAGUAUUAGCCGAGCUUAAUAAACAAUGACCGUUCAUUAUGGUGACACAAGGACGAGUUAUGUACUAUAUAAUUUAAGAUAACCUUACUUUACGUUUAAGUGAUUGUAAAUAAAAAGAAUGAUCAUGACAAUCUUUAUCCGGUCACUCCCUAGAGUAGUUUGGAAACCCUUAAGACUUUAAUAUUUAUAUCGAUUUAAUACGUUUAAAAUGUGUUCUAGGAAAGUCACCUAAAGUAAAUAUUUACUACCUAAUUAAUGUUUAAUUAAACUUUGUACUUUAAUUUGAAGAAUAAUUAAUUCGUAAUUGAAAUAAACGUUGCUAACGUAGAUAAUCAAUAUAUAAUACUAGUGUAAACCAAAACAAAACCUUUAAUAUUCCUAUUAAUUAAUUUAAAAUGUGACUUUGACUAGAAUAUAAGUUGUUGUCUGUGAAUGUCUAAUGUUGUAAUAUUGUAAGACAAUUUUUAUAUCAGCAAACACCAAAUGUUACAGAUGGAUUUUAAAACAUGAGUUUUAUGUAGUUGUCGCUUUGUUGUGAUCUAAGUUGUUAUCUAAGUUGUUAUCUCUUAAGGACUAAUUACUUAUUAACUUUCGGUUUCGUUACAACGAAUGUUAUUAUUAGUUAUUUAUUUGCUGCACUGAUAAAGCGUAGUGUGAUAGGGUACUCUACAACAAGCGUGUUCGUCAGCACUAAGAUAUAUGUUGAAGAGCUACUGUUGCCUUAUAAUACUAUACUGCCUUAAUAAAUGUUAAGAAAUACUA